CGCCGACCUGUUUCCGUAGACGGCCACAAAAAACCGUCAAAGACAUAGCCACCAACCUUUUUGGACUCUGAUUUCGAUUUCGAGAAACGGUUAUGCCAAAGUAGAUUUUCGAAAAAUCCCCAAAAGUGACUGUUGUUGGCUGCCACAAAGGGAUUCUAAAGUCUCAGUGCAGCGGCAAGAUCGUGACGUCAGCUCAGCUCAGCUCAAAAGUGCAAUUCCCCAGCAAAACAAAGCUCAAUUGCAAUCUCCCGCCCCGUUUUACCCCGUUUUCGUAAUCGCAUCGUGCAAAAAGCUAAACACCAACAAAAAAUAAGAGUUAAUUACUUAAAAAAAAAGUGAAUUUGCUGUCAGGCAUCCCGCUCGCACCCCCAGCAUUUCGUACCGUUGCAGUCGACGCCGCAGUUGCCGUCGCCGUUGUCGUCGCCGCGCUCUUCAUUGUUUAUGUUUUUUUGUGUUCUUCCCCACCCCGCAGAAGGCGGGGAAGUAAGUAAUAAUAAAAGCAAUGAAACGAAAUUGAGUGAAAAAUAAAUUUCGUUUACAAAAAAUAAAGCGAAAAUAAAGAAAAAAGCAAAAAUUAUAAGCGAAUGAGGAGAAAAAAUUCACUGCCAAGCAAAUUUCACGCCGUAUUUAAUCUUUGCUCACUGACCGCCUCCAGCUUAAUCGCUGCUCGUCUUUCUUUCCGUUCCGUUCGCGAUCGCGAGUGUUCUGUGCCCCGAUUCUGGAUAUAUAGCUCCGGCUUUAGCCCCAGUAACGGCCACCGAUCUAAUCCGAUCCCAAGUCCCCAUCUAGAAUCUCGAAUCUCUUAGUCCCGGGCUGUGUGUUCUGGAGAUCGCCGCGUUUCGUUUUUCGUAUCUCGAUUAUCGAUUCAGAACAGCACUCGGAACAGAUAUCGCUGAAGUUUCGCAUCCUUAAACUUGAUCAAUCCUAAAUCACUGCCCAUCGAUGAUGAUUGUGAUCUGUGCCCGCAUUUGACAGUGCUGUAGAAAACUUGGAAAUCCCGCAAAAAUCCGUUUGGUUCGCAACGUUUGUUUGCCCAGUGAAGCAAACAGGAACAAACUUAGUUUAAGCAUUUUUAAGGAUUAUAUUAGCACCCUAGGCGACCGGCUCAGUAAGAUGUCCUCAACAUUGGUCAUUCUCACAGCGCUCCUCUUGGCCAGAACACUAUGCCAGGCCCUGCCAGAUUUGCACAAACGUAUGUCGCCGGAGCAGCUGCAGUCAGUCUUCCACGUGGACACCCACGAUGCAGUGCCCCACUACGAGCUCGUCCAGCUAUUGCACCAUGAAAACCACAACUACAACCACCAGCGGCGGCGGCGCAGCAUUGGCGAGAGGCCAAAGGUCAACCCCACCGUUCCGCCACACCACGUGAAAAAGGAUCUCAGCAAGAAUGCCUACUACAGCGAGCUGAAGCACGAGGCCAUGUCCUCGGGCGGCAACCACCUGUUCGGGCCGGAAGUGAGUGCCAUCAAGUCGCACAACGUGUCCUUCAGCGCCUUUGGCCAGCACAUGAACCUCAGCCUGCGCGCCACCCAAGGACUCUUCAAGGGUGCGCCCCACCAGCUGCGCAUGUGGACGGUGGGCAGUGAACCCAGCGCCACCCAUGGCCUUGACCUCCAGGAGAUUGCCCACGAAGAGCACCACAGGAAUGAAGUGGGAGAAGUCUUUCAGGAUGAGAAGAACAUGGCUGCGAUCUUGAUGCGGCGCCACAUGCAAACAGGCGACCUGAUAAUGGAGGGCAGCAUCGGUCACGAUCUGGUGAUCAAGCCCUUGCCGCACGAACUGAGUCCCAAUCCCGAGGAGUCCCACCACAUCAUCUACAAACGAGAGGCGUCCGCAGCAGAAGACCAACUGAGUGACUUUGCCUUCAUGGAACCUGAUGAUCUGGCGGCCAGCGAAAAGCUCGAGAGGUUGCAGCGCCGCCAGAGCCGCAGUCGCCGCAGUGCGCCCAGCAGUCCGGACUUCGAAGACCUAAACGACGAGGACGAAGGAGCCCUGGACACGGAGCCCCAAGUGGCCGAAUCCCGGACUCGAUCCCGCCGGCAGGCCCCGUACAUCAUCUAUCCCGAAGUCUUGGUGAUCGUCGACUACGACGGCUAUAGGCUGCAUGGCGGCGAUAAUUUGCAGGUCAAGCGCUACUUCAUCUCAUUCUGGAACGGAGUCGAUCUGCGUUACCGCCUGCUGAAGGGUCCAAGAAUACGUAUCAGCAUUGCAGGCAUCAUCAUUUCAAGGGGUCGGGAUGCCACUCCCUAUCUGGAACGUAACCGAGUGGGUCGGGAUGCCAUCGAUUCGGCUGCUGCUCUUACGGACAUGGGAAAAUAUCUGUUCCGGGAACGUCGACUACCGGUCUACGACAUUGCCGUGGCCAUAACCAAACUCGAUAUGUGCCGUCGCACCUCCGCUUAUGGCGAAUGUAAUCGCGGUACCGCAGGCUUCGCUUACGUCGGUGGCGCAUGCGUGGUGAACAAGCGACUGGAGAAGGUGAACAGCGUGGCCAUCAUCGAAGACACCGGCGGUUUCAGCGGCAUUAUCGUGGCUGCCCAUGAAGUCGGACACCUGUUGGGAGCCGUUCAUGACGGUUCGCCACCGCCCAGUUACUUGGGUGGACCAGGGGCCCAGCGGUGCCGCUGGGAGGAUGGCUACAUCAUGUCCGAUCUGCGUCACACGGAGAGGGGCUUCAGAUGGUCCGCGUGCACGGUGCAGAGCUUCCAUCACUUCCUCAAUGGAGAUACGGCCACCUGCCUGCACAAUGCCCCGCAUGAGGACAGCGCCCUGGGUAGAUCCCUGCCAGGAACCCUGCUCUCGCUGGAUGCCCAGUGCCGCAGGGAUCGGGGAACGUAUGCCUGCUUCAAGGACGAACGAGUGUGUGCCCAGCUCUUCUGCUUCGACGCCCAGACGGGAUACUGUGUGGCCUACAGACCAGCGGCCGAGGGUUCGGCCUGCGGUAAUGGUUAUCACUGUCUGGAUGGUCGCUGCACACCACUGCCCUCGAACAUCAUUCCCGAUUACGGAAACAACUAUCGUUUAGUCUACAAUAAAAACAACAACAAGAAAGAUGCAGCUGAGGAUAUUGAGAAUAGUAGUGAGGAGACCGAGUCCCAGGAGGACGAAACUGAGAGUAAUGAGGAUCAGGAUGAGGGCAACACUAGUAGCGAGGAGCAAGAAGCCAAUCAGCAGGACAACAAGAUCGAGCAGAGCUCUGCGGCUGGCGCCGCUGCUGUGACGUCGACAACAACCGCCAAAUCCACGACAUCAACCACUGCGAGGACAACAACUACAGUGAAGCCCAAGUCGAAAGCCUUUGGCUACCUGCAUCGUAGCCUUCCCGAACGUCAGUGGAUGCAGGAUAAUGGUGUGCUGGUCACGACUCGCAUCAGCAGCAGCGUCAGUAGCAGCAGCAGCAGCAGCAGCAAUAGCAACGGUGACCCCGUGGCAACAUCAACUCCCAAGCCUAGAACAACCACUCCAGCAACCACAAUAACACCGAAUCUAUUCAAAUUCUAUACACACGAAUUACGCAAACAAAUCGAAUACUAUUUACACAUGCUACAAACACAACAACAUGCUACCAAAUUGCAACCAGAACAACAGCAACAGCAGUCACAACAACAACAGUCGAUAGUUGAAAUCCCUUUGGUUCAAAAACGCCUUACAAAUUAUAGUGUAACCAGCAGCAGCAGCAGCAGCAGCAGCAGCAACGGGGCAAAACAACAGCCACCGAACGCCAAGGACGAGAAUCAGAGACAACAGCAUCAGCCACAUAACCAGGAGCAGCAGCACCAACUACAGGAUGGGCUGCCCGAUGAGGAGAACGAGGCGACUGCCGGCAUUCAGAGCAAUGAAGCGAUUGAGCGGCAAAAACGUAAGUUCCCCACACCACCCACAGCAGCAACAAGUGCUGCCAAGACAUCGGCUACAUCAGCAACACCAGCAACACCCACAUCAGCAACAACGGUCGCGGCCAAACCGAUAACCACUUCAUCAUUUCUCGAUGCGUACUUUAAAAAACUGCAAGCCUUGCAUGAUGGUGGAUCGGCCACCAGUACAACCACUUCUGUAUCGUCAUCAGUGAGCUCGGCAACAUCCAGCAAGCAGCAGCAGCAGCAGCAGCAACAACAGCAACCAGAUGGCAGCGCCUUUUUGAAACGUACGCCAAUUCGGAGUAGUAUUAAGGCAUUCAAAACUAGUAGUAGCAGUAGUAGUAACAGCAGUAGUCAGCCACAACAGCAACAGUAUGCGACAAACUAUAUUGGCGACACCACAAACAAUCUGUCAGCGGUGUUGGACAACAGUAACAGUGCGUCGAGCACCACGGAAACCGUGAAGAAACCCAAAAUCAAAACACAAAAACUAAUACGUCGAACACGAGUCAUGUAAACGAUCUGGAGAUGCGGCAGAAAACCCUGAUACCAACUAUCAUAAGCUACUACUUACUGCUAGCCAGAGAGAAACACACAGAUCACAGAUCCAGAAAGCUGCUUGAGAAAACGAACCUCCAACCUACGAAGGCUCCCCAACAACAUCAAAUACAAAACCACAUACACUAAACAAAGCAACACGCAUCACACACAAGUAAAUGCCACAAGUAAACCAAUUGAUACCGAUACCGAAACCGAUAUGAUACGAAACCCGAAACCGUUAACGAUUCGUUAUCCUUGCGUGCGUGGUUAACUGGAAGCUGUUUCCGUUCUAGUGAAAGUGCAAGGCAGCAACAUUGGGGAAUGUUUGGAACUGGCACGCAGACGUCACUGCCAUCGAAAUUGGAACAAAUGUUUGCAGUUAAAAAGUGUUUUUAGCUAGAAUUUAUUACUAUUAUAAUCUGUAUGAAAACCUAUUGAUUUGUUGUUAGUUCUAGCCGCAACUAAUUUAAAAUAUUGUCUGUUAAAUGCAACUCUAGCUACAGAGCAAGGUUGUUAUGUUCAGUACAUGCAUAUAUUAUGUAAUUUAAUUUAAUGCAAAUUCUUGUAAAAUAGUACAUAUUAUUCUGUAAAAAGUUCAUUGACACACGCACUUUUGGCAGACAACCUAAAUUAUUCUCUGAGCCACAAAUCAAUCGAAAGGAAAAUUAAUAAUAAUCCCAAUUUCCAAUGUGAUAAACAUAUAUAAUUUGUACUCUCUACUAAACAAAAUAUUUAUCAUUUUCUGUUAGAAAAAUGCUAGAAAGGUUGAGAAGCGUUUAUUUACUUACCUUGCCGCACUUUGCCUACAAGAAAACUUAAAUUGUUCAUUUCAUUAUUAUUAUUGUAUUAAAUUUGUUAGAAGUCCAAAUUCUAAAGAUUUCAUCACUCUACGUUUACCUAGCCUAAUGCUCUUUUUAUACAGCAAAAAAAUUGUAAUAGCUAAGUUUUAGUUGUAGUUAACUGAACAUCGUAUAAUAAUUGAAACUGUAAAUUUAUCACACACACAAAUGAAACAAAAAUUAGCUUAAGAAUAAAUAUAUACAAUGAA